ACAUGAGCACGAGAUUAUUGUAGCACUGCAGCUGCUCGAGCUCUCUACUUAAUACUCGACUCGACCGAACGACGGUUGACAUUAAUUUUGUUGUUGUUGUCAUCGACGAUUCGAUGAUUUUCAAAAGUGUAAGUGCAAGUGCGUGAGUAGUGUACAAGUGUGUCAGUGUAACACUCCGUAUAACGUGUUCUUUAUCGAAUAAAAUUUGAAAAAAUAGUGCGUGCGUAAUUAUUAUCAAAUCGUAAUUAAUAUGUGUGCUCGAUAAUUAUAAUCCAGUGCCUGCAACUGCACUGACAUGAGGUUGAUCAGCGAUCGUCAUCGUCGUCGUGCCCGUUGCUCGUCAUCGUCAUCGUCAUCAUCGUCGUGUCUCGUCGCAGCUGAUUACGUGAGAUCGCCGUCGUCGAGUGUCAAGAGGCCCUCGAUAAAGCUCCAACGGUUCGGAGCAGCAGCUCGUGCUGGUCGCGCCUUUUAUACCAACACUGCGAUUGGCCGAUUUUACAUUAAUGACGAUAUCGUAGCAUUGACAUUGCACAGCAGCAGCAGGACCUACAGCAGCACUACCAGCGCAAGCACUGCAAGAAGAAGCAGCAGCAGCAGUAGCCGAGCCAAUGACAAAGAUGUGACGACGUCGGAAGCGAGAAGGAGCCGCGACGUCGGGGAGGAGUAAAGUCGCUCCCGGCUUUGCGCCCCCGCGCCGCCGCGUAAGAUGCGAGGCCCGCAUCGCUGCGCGUGGCUCGCGCUCCCACUGCUCGGCCUCAUGUGCCUUUCCAAUUGUAAACCCGAGGCGGCAUCGGAGCGACCCGCAUCGUCAUCCCCAUCGUUAUCAUCGUCAUCAUCAUCGUCCUCGUCGACGUCGUCCGUAGCCGCCCGAUCGGCCAAGGCGGCCGCCGCGAGGCCCCGUCAAAAGUCCAGCUCCGCGGGCGGUGGCGGCACGUGGCGCCUCGUCAUCACCCUGACCCAGAGCCAGCCCCAGCGGGCCGAGGUGCAGCGCGCCUGGGAGGAGGCCGUCGAGGAGCUGGCCCACAGCGACGUCGAGCUGGCCUUCGUCGAGGCCCGGGCCUUCGUGCCGCCCCAGCUCAAGCCCGAGGACACGAGCUAUCCCACGGCGCUGCUGCAGAAGUGGUGCGCCGAGCUCAAGCUCGGCCGCACCCUGGUGAGCUUCGUGAUUGGCGGCGGGCCUGCGGGCAGAUUCCUGAUCACGGCCUCGGCCGGCAUGAGGCUGCCGACCGUCUGGAUGCCGCUCACUCAUAAGGAUUUCAUCAAACAGGGCCAAGCGUCGAUCUACGAGUCGCGCAUCGGGACGACCUCGGUGGAGAUCGGCGCGGCCGCCGCGGCCCUCAUGCACAAGGCCCACUGGCGGGCCUUCACCCUAAUGAUCGACACGAGUCUCCUGCCCGUCACGGAUCUCGUCGGCAGUCGACUCCAUCAGCAGCACGAGUCGCAAUUCAUCAGGCCGCGGCGCGAAGGAGCGGAAUCGAGACAGCAGCAGCAACAUCGCGACUUGUUGACGCCGCGUCGCAUAGUCUAUCUGCCGGCCGACGAGAAGACCCUGACGGGCCGACUGCGCCGCGUCGCCGAGGAGAACGGCCGCGGCAGCGUCAUGGUGCUGGCCUGCGAUCUGGCCACGGCCAAGCGGGUCAUCGCCGCUGCCGGCAAGUACGAGAUGCUCGCCGGCCGUUUUCUCUGGCUCUGGCUGGAUUUAAAGUCGGAAUUGAGAGCGAACGAGCCGAACAUCAUAGGCCAGCACGUGCUGCAGAACGCCCGAGUCUCGGUGACGAGCGACCACAUGCCAGCGUCAGCGGUCCACGACCAGGGCCAAGAAUUUACCGCAGCUGCAGCAGCUGGUCCUCCCAUCGCCGGUGGUGGCUUGCAAAACCUGUCGCCGUCGUCGUCGGAUGGAAGUAGCGCCGCCGCCCCCGCUGACGUUAUAAGGCAGACGCACUCGCAACUCGUCAAGGAUAGCAAACACAGCAGCGCCAGCGGCAGCGACGAUGGUAGCAGCAGAGGCAGCAGCGGUGCUCGAGAGGUCCAUUGGCAAAAUGAUAUUCUAGAUCUGCUGAGACAACGAAGGAACCGUCUACUACUGAGUCGUCGUCGCCGUCGAGACAGCGGCGGUCCAUCAGGGGCCAGUGGCGGUGGUGGCCUGGCUUCGGGCGGCGUCGGUGGGCGCGCCUCCUUCGUCGGUGCCGGCCCCGAGGACGAGGACAUCGACGAGGCGCCGGGCCGCGGCUACGAGCGCACCGUAAACUCCAAGAGCUUCAUGCCGCUGGGCAUGCUGGCGCUGCGGCCGGCCAACGCGCGCCUCGGCCCGGGCAGCGCCGACUCCAGUCUCGGCCGGGCGCUGCGCGAGAGCCUCGCCGCCCUGGAUCGGGGCCUGUUCGAGGCGCGAGGCCAGCUGAAUCGACUGGGCGAGCAGCAGCUGCGCGAGCUCUUCGUGCCGGACUGCCUGAACGAGCGUGUGGGCGAGCGCAGGGUUCACGAGGCCAAGCACAACGUCUCGGCCAGUCUGACUCGCCGGCUGAGGGAGGCCGCCGCUCAGGUGUCCGCCGAGAGGUCCGAGUUUCACCUGCUCAAUCUGCAGGGCGUGCUGUUUCCUGGAAAUAAAACGCAGCUCAAAUGGGUGAAGGUGGGCGUGGUGCGCGGCGGCCGCACGGUGCGCCUCGACACGAUCAUCUGGCCGGGCGGCGGCAUCGUGCCAGCCUACAUCGAGCAGGGCCGCGAGAAGAUCGGCAUGCCCUCGUACAAGAUCGUCACGGCACUGGCGCCGCCCUUCGUCAUGAUCACGAAUCUGCAGCAGGGCGCCUGUCUGCGCGGCCUCGUCUGCCGCCUCGGCUCCACAACGCGCUGCUGCUUCGGCUACUCCAUGGACCUGCUGCGCCACGUCUCGCAGGACCUCGAGUUUCGCUUCGAUCUGCACGUGGCACGGGACGGCCUGUUCGGCCGUAGGCGGGGGCGCAACGGCACCUGGAACGGCAUCAUCGGCGAGCUGCUGUCGGGCCGCGCGCAGAUGGCCUUCGCGCCGCUCAGCGUCUACUCGCAUCGCAGCCAAGUGGUGGACUUCAGCGCGCCGUACUACUUCAGCAGCGUGAGCUACCUCGUCUCGCCCAAGGAGCACAACGACAUCUCGCUGCUGGCCUUCCUGCAGCCGUUCAGCAACAAUCUCUGGAUCGUCGUGUUCGUCUCGCUCAACGUCACCGCCUUCAUCGUCGCCGUCUUCGAGUGGAACAGCCCCUUCGGUCUGAACCCGUGGGGCAGGCAGCGCAGCAAGAACUUCUCGCUGGCCUCGGCGCUCUGGGUCAUGUGGGGCCUGCUGUGCGGUCAUCUCGUGGCCUUCAAGGCGCCCAAGUCUUGGCCCAAUAAGUUCCUCAUCAACGUCUGGGGCGGCUUCUCCGUCAUCUUCGUGGCCUCCUACACUGCCAACAUCGCGGCCUUGAUCGCCGGCUUAUUUUUUCACAAUACCCCCAAGAGCUACGACGAUCGUAGCCUUCUGCAGCAGCACGUCGGCGCGCCCAAAGCCUCGGCGGCCGAGUACUACGUGCAGCAGGCGAAUCCGCUGCUCUGGUCGAACAUGGCCCGGCACUCGGUGCCCGACGUGUCGAGCGGCGUCACCCGACUGCUCAACGGCAGCCUCGACGUGCUGAUCGCCGACACGCCCAUACUCGACUACUAUCGCGCCACCGACAACGGCUGCCGCCUCGAGAACUUCGGCGAGCCCAUCAAGCAGGACACGUACGCCGUGGCCCUGUCCAAGGGCCACCCGAUGCGCGAGAGCAUCUCCCAGCUCAUAGCCAAUUACACGAGCACCGGCCUGCUCGACAUACUGCAGGAGAAAUGGUACGGCGGGCUUCCGUGCAUUCCGGGCGCGACCCUCGGCGUGGGCUACGACGGUCAGCCGAGGCCCGCCGGCGGCCAGCCCCGACCCCUGGGCGUGGCCUCGGUCGCCGGCGUCUUCUGCCUGCUCGGCCUCGGCAUGUUCCUCGGCGUCGUCAUCCUCAUCGGCGAGCACAUCUUCUACCGCUACAGCCUGCCCAAGCUGCGCCAGUGCUCCAAGGACUCGGUCUGGCGCAGCCGCAACGUCAUGUUCUUCUCGCAGAAGCUCUAUAGGUUCAUCAAUUGCGUGGAGCUGGUGUCGCCGCAUCACGCGGCGCGCGAGCUCGUGCACACGGUGCGCCAGGGCCAGAUCACCUCGCUCUUCCAAAAGAGCGUGAAAAGGAAGGAACACGAACAGCGACGGCGUCGUAAAAGCAAAGCGCAAUUCUUUGAGAUGAUCCAGGAGAUACGAAGAGCUCAGCAAGAGGAACGCCAGGCGUCCCUGAUCGAGGCGAGGGGAGCCGUGCCCAAGAAGUCGUCGGACGCCAGUCUGCGCCCGGGCGGCGCCGAUCCUCAUCUUGGCGCUCGUGAGCUGCUGCAGUGCUCGCGGGCCAGUCGCAGCCGCAGCCGCAGCAAGAGCCCGAUGGCCCUGUCGCCGAGGAGGCGCGCCGCCGACGGCGUGCAGAGCCGCAGCUCGACCAAUCUCACCGCGUUCAGCAUCGAGCAGGCCAUGGCCGGCGCGGCGGGCCACGGCUCGCCCAUGAAGCCGCGCGAGUUCACCCUCAGCAAUUCCAACUUGAGGGCGCGAAGUCCCCUGGAGGUGGUGGGCCGUCGACUGAGCCACGGCGAUCAGGGCGAGUCGCCGCCGCCUACGCCCAAGCUCGGCGGUUCGACGACGCCUUACGGACCCAAGACACCGCAGAGCUUGGCGAAGAUGCCGCAGCUGCAUCAACAGCAGCAGCAGCCACAGCCGCUGUACACGAGAGUAGUGACGGAGCCAAAAGUUCCUCAGAUCGUGCCGCCCGUGACGGCGAUCAAGGUGACCCCGAAGAGGGGCGAGUCACUGGGCAGCGGAAUGCCGCCGCCCACGCCCAAGCAGAGGAGUCCGACGAAGCGCGGACAGUCGUUCCCGGUUUUCACGACGUUAAAACCGCAGAUGACCAUCGAUACCAGGCAACAUUAUCAAGUAUCGCAAGAGAAGAAUAGGAGUCCUCUGCUGUCGCCGAGCGAAUUGACGUCGGCGAUAGGCCGUAAACUGUCUCGCGAGUGGGGCUCCGGCGAGGAGCUCGGCGAGUACUUCUCCAAGUCGCACGAGCAUCUCGGAGCCGCCACGUCGAGCUCGUCGUCGCAUCACACGCCUCGUCGAGAACAACAGCAGCUGCCGCCUCGCCAGCUGCACCGGCGCAAACGGACGAGCAGCCAAGGUGACCCGGAGCGCGAACGGCCGGUACGUCGCGCCCGCAGCCACGAGAACAAGGAGCACAGGCGGGCCGCCACGGCCGCGCACUUCGACGAGGCGCUGCUGGCCAGGUAUCACCAGGCCGCGGCGAGCCACCAGCAGCAAGCGCAGUCCUCGUCGUCGGGUGGGAUGAGCCAGCGAGCCAAGCGCCAACUCGAGUCCGAGCUCAAGGCCAUACUGACGGCGCGGGCGCAUCAUCUCGAGCUGCAUCCGCCUUGAUGAAGCUUCGGCCCCGAGGCGCCUCGACGCCGUCAACAAUAACUUGUAUACAGAGUAUAAUGUGUAAAAAGUAUAGGCUCGUUCUAAAAACGAACACUGGUCGCUCGCGCGUCUCGGUGUGUAUAAAAUAUAGCGUUAAUAACAAAACUUAUCGACGAUGUACGACGAUACGUGACAAUUUUUAAAUCGAGAGAGAGAGAGAGAGAGAUGCGCGAUGAUCGUCACGCAAGGCCUCUGAGGGGUCAACGACAAUUUUGUCAAGCAUCUCUUUUCGAAUAACCACGCGCACGUGGCUCUAUAAAACCGUCGAACGACGGUAACAAACAUUAUUUAAUAACAAACAAACAAAAAUAAAUAAAAAUAACACACAACACACGUAAACGCAUACAUGAUAAGCAAUAUCAGAUUUCUAUAGGUCAAUUGCGUCGUAUAGCUCAAAGAGGAAAAUCUGAUAGAUUAAGAUUUACGUAUUAACGAAAAUAUUAACGAAAAUAAAUAAAAAGAGCGAACGAGACGAAGCAGUUGUUGCGAAAAUAAUCCUCGAGCGCGCUCGAAGAUUAAUAUGGACGAAGUAUAUUAAUCAACGUAUUAUAUAAAAAAAAAACUAAUUGUUGCGCGUAUUAUAACGGGGCAAGACAACGCGACAAGUUGGAAGCGCGAACGAACGCGAUCUGUACAAUUUUAUGACGAAACUAUUGUAACGACUUGCCGAAUCGACAAUUACUAUUGAUAUACGCGCGCGCGUGCUGACGUAAGGGAAUAUUCGUUAUAUAAUUACGGAUAUAAAGUACUCAAAGUCACGAUUACGUACAUUAUUAUACAUGGUAGAUAGUGGAUGAAUUAUUAUAAUAGCAUCGAGCCGAUUUUAGGGACUAUCAACUUGAUAAAUAUAUUAUGUAUUAUAUACGAAUAGCUCAUGGCACUGCGACACACAAUAGGAUGCAGUAAUAUUAUAAGAAUAUUUUCUUGUUAAAUAUUUUACCUCUACGCUAAAACCGUUGGCCUGAUCAAGUCCCACUCGUUUUCUUUUUUCAUUACAAAUCCUGACGAAAAGAAAAAUAUCGACUAAAGCUUCUUCAUCAUACGCGUAAACGAAAAAUACGAAUCACUAAGGUUUUCCGUUUCGUUUUACAAUUUAGCUCGACUUUCUUCGAGCCAACGGUGUAGAAUGACCACUUAGUAGUACGCGUAUAAAUAAAUAAAAACUUUCGAGCACGACUGCAUCAUAAGCAAAUAAAAUAAUAAAACGCCGUAGCUCAAAAAACGAGUAAGAUUAUAAAAUUUACUUGAGAAUAGUUUAGCUAAAAGUUGAAAAAGGAAAGAGGAACAAGAAAAAAAAAGAUAAUAGAGCACGACGAUCUAGCGACUGAAAAAUAAAUGAUAUAUUGUAUACUUUUCUCAUUCAAGAAUGUACUUUUUUGGCGGUUUAGUAAAAGGAGCGCUCAGACUGAAAAUGACGACAUUUUUUCUCUAAAAAAAUUCGAAAUUUUCGGCUGCGACUUGUGUACAUUAUAUGCUAAAGCUGGAAUUGAUAAAAAUAAAACACGAAGCGACGGUGAUAAAAUAGGCGAAUCCGAAUACGCGAUAUUGUUAAUAAUGAUAAAGAAAAAAAAAACAAAUUUUUGUCAGACUGUUUAUUGUUUAUAUCGAUUGUUAUCCGAUCGUUGGAAAUAGUUACGUUUAAAUAGUCUCCGACUUGUGCCAAAGUUAUAUGAUGCAAAAGGCGAGAAUGAGACAAAGCGCACGUAUACCGCGCAUGGAAAAAAAGCAGAUAUAAGGAGAAAAAAAUGUAAACAAAGUAUAAACUCGCUUAUUUUAAUGAACAAAAAAAAAUCAUUGCAGCAUGGCCUUAGAAUUGUAGUCGUAUCCGCCCAGCAUACUUUGUUAUUCUCCUAUCUUAUAUUGCUCUGAUUUUAAUCUCGAUUGAGAAUAUCUUCUUAGAUAUAUAUAUAUAGAAAAAAAGAGUGAGAGAUCUCGGAUAUAUAUAUGAUUUGAAGCGUUCGCGCGGCGAUUCUCAAUGACUUGAUAUAAAAUUUUAUUGCAUUCCUACACAGUAUGUCUCGUGUAUGUACAAUACAAACACAUUGUACGUACAUGACUAAUUGAAAGGUUUACUCCACAAAAUGUUACUGCGCAUUGUUAUUGUAUAUUGAAUAUAAACAAGUUUGUCAUGUAUGUGACAAGUAGCAUGUGUAUAUCUUUACCUUCCACAUGAUCAACGAAUCGUAGCUCUUUGCGGAGUGAUGUAUUCUAAAAUAGUGAAACUGGCUAAGCGCGACUUUCUGUCCUUCGGAGAUCGUCCAAAAUUUAACGAUCGUUAUUUCAUUUUUUUCCGACUUUUAUGUCUUGAUUUUGGCCCGACUAAAAAAAAAUUUCAGCUGCAACAGUUUCUGGAGUAAUUUUUUCUCAAUGAUUCUUAAGCUAUAAAGUAAAAGGCUGUAAAAUAGUUUAUAAUAAGAGAAUGAAAAAAGUAGUACACUGUAAGGAAAAGAUGCUAUAAAUACUCUAUGCAUAGAAUUGCAUUCAAUCGAAUUUUAAAUUUUAAACAGUACGAUAUGUGUAUGAUGCGAUUAUCAUGCGGGAAAGCAGGCUCGACCGAAUCCUCCAACUAUAAACAGUGACUCUUUUUUGUGAUUCGCCAAGGCUGCAUAAUACACGUUUUCCAAAGUACACACCUUAUGCACACAGACACUUUUCUUCCGUACGAAAAAAAAUGAAGUAUUAAAAAAAAAGCACUCUAUUAAGUACGUAAUUUAGUAUAUAAUACCUCGUAAAUAUAAAUAUAUAUAAUAAAAAUAAAUAAUUAUAUAUAUACUUUCACAACAAGCCUUCUGCGUAUACUAUUAUAGCAAAUGGAAAUUGAUCAUCUUGAGGCAAGGCACAUGAGAAAAAAAAAUUUUAAACUCUACAAUUCUGGCUAAUUUUAAUGCAAAAAUAAAUACAAAAUACUAAACGAAAUAAUGAAAUCUAUAGUAAAAGCUUGACAACUUUAAGUGAUAAAUGAGCGUAGGAGAAAAAACCAUAUAAUUACGAAAAGAAAUCAAUUAAUCGACUAUAGUAACAAAGUAAAAUUCUACAUACGUCAGCCAGAGUCUUCAAAGCCUAAACAAAUCAAAUGUAGACUCAGAGUAAAAAUACAAUUGUAGCAUAAAUUAAAAACGAAAAAAAAAUUAAAGUAAAACUUUGGAGCAGGAUGAGAGCUAUGAUCUGUACGCGCUUUUCACUGCGUGGAAAAUAUCUUUUAUUUUAUUAUUGUUAUUAUUUAUUUUAAAUAUUUAUUUUCUUUCAAUUAAACUCAUUUCGAGAGAAUAUAUUUUGUGUAAAUAUGAGGAGAUAAUGGCUUCUGUAAAACACAAGCUUUACAACAUUUUUUGUCUUAUUUUUCUAUUAAUUGCCAAUUGACGACGAUCGUUUGUACGCCAAUAAGAGCCUUGAUUAUUACUUAAACAUUUUGAAUUUUAAAGUCAAAAUAUUUUAUGUCAACAUGACUACAAUAAUUUCGAUUCUGCCUAGUCACGAUCAGUUCAUGUCCGGACAUAAUUAAUCGUUCAUUAGUAAUAGGCAUGAUGAUUAUCUACGCACUGAAUUCUACAGUUGUGACUCCAAUCUAAUCGUUACAAACAUCUUUUAAUAAUUUUUCGAUAUAUGACGGCUCUUAGUUGUUUCGCUCUUUCAUCGGCAUUCAAUUCAAUUUACACAUUAUGUGAUAUACAAACACUUUGCGCUGCAAAGAAAUGACUUCGCAAAUAACAACGUAACGACGACUUGUAACUCGGAAAGAUAUUUCAAAUACUCAAAUAGAAUCGUUCUCCAGAAUUUCCAGGCGAAACAUUGUUUCAUCGUGAAUCGUGUUUCUUUUGCACAAGCCUUCGCUGCCUAUAAAAGGUUUCAUAAAAUAUGAAUUAAUUUAUUGUGCUUUUACUCACGUCUACUCGAAAAAAUAAAUUCAUCGAAUGAUCGCACUUUUGUGUUUGCAGCACAAUUGACAAAGGUGUUGUCAAAAAAAAUGUCUCGAUUAUUCAAUGUUUGGCCAAACUGCAUUGCAUCUCUCUUUCUUGCAUAAUCGUUUACCUUCACGACGUUUCUUCAAUAAAUGGCAAUAAAUUAAUACGUAUACGUGAUUCCGUGAAAUUCUGUACAAGGAUAUGUAAUCACUGAUAAACAACCACUGCCAUUGAUUAUUAGGCUGGCAACAGAUGAAGAAUAAGAACAAUAUUAGUAAAAAAAAGGGAAGAUUCAAUGAUACGAUUUUUCAUAGUUGUGCGAGUUGGAUCGAUGAAACUCUUUUGAGGAAAUAAAAAUAAAGAGAGAAGAACGAUUAUACGAGAGCGCCGACACGCGUCUUUGUAAAAUUUGUAAGAAAGUAAUUGUAAAACGAAGCGAUAUUAUUGAAUUGUUAAAAUUUUUUUAAACGUUUAUACAUGUAUUUUACUUUUGAAAUCGUUUCAGUGUGAUUAUAAAAUGAAAUUUUCCGAAUGCGACAUAUACAAAUAUGUUAUUCAAGCAUAUAAUUCAAAAAAUCAUCGGAAAUCAUUUGACUCGAAUCUGUACAAAUUUUCAAUUUAAAUUUAAAAAAAGAUCAACUAAGCUCGAUAAAUAAUCCGAUGAAAACUCUGUAACAUAACGAUGUUACGUCUAUGGUGUAAAAAGAUCGACAAAAUUUAUCGAGCUUGCCCGUUGUUGAAAACUUUUGAGUGUUUACAAACGAUAAAUUUGACAUAAUUUUUUAUGAACAUUGAGCAUAAACUUCGAGGCAAUUACGCACAGAGACAUUUUUCUUUUUUUUUACAAUACACGAUGUAUAGAAAACUAACGAUUGCGUAAUUCGCCGAUCAAAGCAAAUCAUCUGUUGCGAUUUGCAAUUUGCACAAUUGAUUCAUAUAGUUUAAAAUGUGAAGUUUUUUUUAUAUAGUCAUUCAGUAUUAUCAAAGUGCAGUUCUUGAUCAUGAAUAUAGUGGUAAUUUUUUUUAUGAUUGUUUGCCAUGGUUACUUGUUGGCGUGCAUUAUUAUAUAUAAAUAUAAAAGUAUAUUC